AAUUAGCGGAAUAAAUAGCGGGAAUAUAUUUUGUAAAUUAGAAAAACAAUGGAUCCAGAAGAAAUAGAAUUUUUAGCUGAAAAGGAGUAUAUUACAAUAAUACCUACGUUUAAUAAUGCUGUUAUUCACCUAAUAACUGGUGAUGUAGGACCAUUUCGAGCUAGCAUUCCAACUAGGGUACCCCUUUGGAUGGCAGUGACAUUAAAACAACAACAGAGGUGCAAAAUUCAGCCUCCAGAUUGGAUGACUGUGGAAAAGUUAGAAGAAAUAAAAGAGGACGAAAAACAGUCAGCAAAUUUCACAAAAAUGCCAAGUGACCAUUAUAUGGUAGAAGCAAAAGUGCUUUUAGAUUGUGCAUUUGAUGAUAUUCCUAGAGCAGAUGAAGUAAGAACUGUUAUAAAAGAUAUAUGGGAUAUCAGAAUGUCAAAAAUUAGAUCUUCAGUGACAAAGUUGGUGAAAAAUAGUGAAUUUUAUGCUGCUGUAGAUAAUUUAACAGUUAUGGAAAUUAAUUCAAUGAGACCAAUACUCCCACAUGCUUUAGAUCAAUUAUACAGAAUUAAAUCAAGCAGAAGACUAAAAGCCUCCCAAAACUCAUCAAAUUUAUCAUCAUAUUUAAGGAAAUCAACAUCUUUUAAUUUUACAUCUUAACAUUAUUUAUGUACAUAGAAAAUAAUUGUAAUGUGAUAGCUAAGGUAUGGUAAAUUUUAUACAUAUAUAUAUAUAU